AUGGCCGGCUUUGGGCGCUCCAACUCGCUGAGCAUCAACACGGGCGGCGGUCUCUUUGGAAACAAUGCCUCUGCCACGGCAACCUCCCAACCUGCCAGCGGCGGCGGCCUCUUCGGUUCCACCCCAGCCCAGCCCGCCGCCUCUCAGCCAGCAUCUGGAGGUCUCUUCGGCAGCAUGAACAAGCCUGCCGCUGCCGCGCCCCCGGCCGGAGGUCUCUUCGGCUCCUCGACAGCGCAGCCCGCCCCGGCCACCGGCGGUCUCUUCGGCGGCGCAUUGGGAGCCAGCACACAGCCCGCACCGGCCCCGGCCGCCGGCUUGUUUGGCGGCGCACAGCAGGCGAAGCCGUCGCUCUUCGGCGCAUCCACGCAACCGACCUCCGCUCCGUCCCUGUGGGGGAACACCAACACCCAGCAGAGCCAGCCGACCACGGCGCCCUCGCUCUUUGGCACAACGCAGCAGGCCCCGCCACAGCAGAACAACUCCCUCUUCGGCGGCGCCAUGAACCCUCCCGCGAGGCCGGGCGCGCUUGGCGGCUCAACACUGGGAGGCGGCCAGAUGGGCGGCAGCACACAGGCAGUCAACAUCGGCCUAGAGAGCAUACGGGGAACAACCCGCUUCAACGACCUGGCUCCGGAACUUCAACAGCAGAUACAGGCCUUCGACGAGGGCAUUCAGCGCAAAAUUGGGUAUUGCAACCAGAUCCGCGAAACCCUUCCCAACAGUGAAGCCGAGAUUGCGACUAUCGCCCCUGACGUUGCCUACGUUGAGGACUGCCUUUCCACCGUCGAAGUCGGCAUAGACAACGAUUCUGCCAACAUUGCCUACCUGCGGGAGCUUGUCAAGAAGGACGCUGCAGACGCGACGUUGAGUUUCCGAGCCAUUGAGAAUCAACGACUGCCAGCACAGUUCCACUACAGGAAUGGCACCAACCUAACCGCCUCAAGUGCGAAACCCCCAGCAAGCGCUGCUCUGGAUGAAGACGAUCCGACCAAACCUGUCGACUUGAUGGGCUACUUCAAUCGCCGCACAGGCGACCUCGGCCGCACCCUCGAUGUGUACCAGCGACAGAUCCGCGAAAUCGAAGGCCAUUUACGCACUAUGGAGGCCGGCACAUUGGAGAAGGCACAGCAACUAACGGGCAGCCGAAGUGCGCCUCGCGAUCAGCGCCGCGAAUUAGUCGAGGCGCUGAAGGCGAUCGAAGGCGCUAUUCUAGACUCAGCGAAGAAGGUUGGACAGGUCAGAGAUGAUGACAAGUCAGGAGAAUUCAAACGCCAACAAUCCGUCUUCCGCUCCUUCAUCGAAAACAAGCCGGGCGCGGAAUUCCCUGCUGAGAAGGACCGCUACCACCUCUACGUCUCAUAUGCGUGUCCCUGGGCCCACCGCACCUUGAUUGUUCGUAACCUCAAAGGCCUACAAGACAUCAUCACCUUCACCAGCGUUCACUGGCACAUGGGUGCAAAGGGUUGGCGUUUCGCUACACCGGACGAGAAGCUGCCUGGUGAGAACGCUACGCCGGAUCCUCUGCACAAGGAUUACACCCAUCUACGCGACAUCUAUUUUGAGCAGAACCCGGACUACGAGGGACGUUUCACAGUACCGACCCUGUAUGACAAGAAGCAGAAGCGCAUUGUCAGCAAUGAGAGCAGUGAAAUCAUUCGCAUGCUCUACACCGAGUUUGAUGACCUGAUUGCAGAUGAGUACAAGAAGGUGGACCUGUUUCCAAAGAAUCUUCAAAAGGAGAUUGAUGAGAUAAAUGACUGGGUUUACAAUGACAUCAAUAAUGGUGUGUACAAGUCUGGCUUCGCGACCACCGAGGACGCGUACACGAAGAACGUUACCACACUUUUCAAAUCUCUGGAUCGUAUUGAGAAGGCUCUCGCCGAUUCGUCGACACCAUACCUGCUUUCAUCUCCGCACGUUACGGAAGCAGAUGUGCGUCUUUUCACAACAAUCAUCCGCUUUGAUCCUGUCUACGUACAGCACUUCAAGUGCAACAUCCGUGACAUCCGCUCAGGAUACCCACAUCUCCACCGCUGGGUCAGGCACCUUUACUGGGAUUACCCCAAGGCUUUUGGUGAGACAACCGAGUUCGAGCAUAUUCGUAACCACUACACGAAGAGUCACGGUCAGAUCAACCCCUUUGCCAUCACCCCCGUUGGGCCGCUGCCUCACAUCUUGGAAAAGGACGACGAGGUACAAAGCGCAAAGGCUUUGUCGAAGAAAUAG